AUGACUCCUGCAUCCAUAGCCUCCACGGACAUGGGGCUGCUGCUGCAAGAUGAUGUUUUUGUUGACUUUUUCAACAUCUUUCUGAGCCUUCCUAUUUUUGGGCAGACACCCCUUUACAUCAGCGGCAUGGGCCGGUGGUGCCUGUGGCCGGAGCUGCCGAGCCACCUGGAUGCCAGCCCCGCGGCUUUGCUGGCUUGGUUGGAAAAGCAGCGUCUGCCUCACUUCUGCAAAUCCAGCCUGUGCCUGCACCUCGUCCUCUGCCGGAGGCUGCUGGCUUUCAUUCGCUCGGGGGAAGCAGCAGAGCUGCUGAACUGGCACAGUGCUGACCAGUGGCUGCUGGAGAGGUGCAUCAGCGGGAGCCAGGGCAUGCAGCACCUCUGCGCCUUCCUCCGAGGAACUGCAGGGGAAGAACUGAUGGACUUCUGGCUCAUCACUGAGAGGCUCCUGGGUCUGGAUGAGUCGGAUGGGAGUCAGAGGGAGCUGUUCUUGUCCCUGGAGCACAGGCUGAGAGCCACCCACCUGCGUGAAGGCUCCAGCGUCCUCACCUUCUGCACCACCAUCGUGGGAUCUCUUCCAAAAGCCAAGCACAUCCAGUCCAUCAGCACCAGGAGGGAGAUCCUAAGCAAGAUGCAGGAACAGGUCCUGUUCGUGAUUCAGAGUUACUGGCUCCCUAAAUUCCUCGUGCACUGCAAGAUGGGGAUGGAGGAAGAGGAAUUGUGCUGGCCUUUGCUCCAGGAAUAUCAGGAACGUUUAUCACAGGCUGGCUGGCAGCCCCCAGGCCUUGCAGAGCCCCUCCCCACCAUGCACAUCAAAAGGAGCCAGGGUGUGCCAGGGCCCUACUGCAGCCAGAAGGCCAAAGCAGAGGUCUGGGCUAUGGUCAAGGAAGGGAGAGACAGCCAAGAAUUGAAAAUGGCCACUUUUCAGGUGAAAGCAGAGAAGCAGCCAGGGCCAGCUGGGAGCAGGGAGGAAUUGUGGCUGGAUAAGAAUGCUGUGGGAUCAACUCCCCAGCAGUCACAGCAUCCUGCCUUUGGAGGCAGAGGAAGAGCAGCAUUUCCUGGCAGCCCUCAGUCCAGUGCAAAGCAGGAUCUACAAAACCUCUGUAAGGUGAAAAUGCUCCCUGACCUGCUUCCCUCUGCAUCCCUCGUCCGGCUGCCAUCCCUGAAAAAGCCAAUCAAGACUCUGGAUUUCCUUCCCUGGGCCCUGAGUGCCGAGGCUUGUGCUGGAAGACCCUUCAGAGAUUUCCUGCAGCACCAGAACAGGCCCAUGGAGACUCUUCUCCUGGACCUGUGGCACGACCUGGAGGAGUUUCUGCCCGUGGUGCUGGACUCCAGCAGAGAAAACAGCUUCUCCCUGCGCCAUCUGAUUGGGGAGAAGAUCUGCAAGACCUACCUGGAGGACAGCAGCAUUGAGAAGCUGCCCUUGGAGACCAGGACCCUCGUGAGUUUGUGGAACCGUCUGACAUAUGGAGAAUUCUCCCCCUGGAUAUUCAGAGCCCAGAAGGAGAUUUGCAAGGUGCUCUGUGGCCUCUAUGAGGAAUUUCUGGCUGCUGACGACAGAACAUUCCUCCAGUUUAUGGCUCCAGGCAUGGAUGUCCCCAUGGCCAAGGUGCCAGGCCGUGCUGCUGGCAGAUGGGGACAUUUCCACCUGUCCCAGAGGAUGGACCAGGCCCUGCAGCUGAGCCAGGCCCUGCAUGGCACGAGGAGCUUGGAGGGGGUCUCCUCCAAGCACUGGCAAUUGCUUGCUGCUCGGGACCUGCAGAAAGGGGGCUCCAUCCAGGCAGAGAUGGAGCUGCUCCUGGGCAGCCAUGAAUCCCAGAGGAUGAUAGCAGAUGAGCAGGCUGUGAGCAGCCCCAGCAGGGAAGAGGAGCUCCUGCAGCUCACGAAGGCAGCACUCGCUGUUGCAUCUGAGAGGAUUGCUCGAGAGAAUGCUGCUGCUGCUGCAAGGAAGAGGGAAGCUAGAAAACGCAGGCUGGAGGAGGAGGGUGAGGAGUAUGACGAGGACGAGGAAGAUGAGGAUGAGGAUGAAGAAGAGAAGGAAGGACCCUACUAUCAGAAAAAGAAGAAGAGGAAGGAACAGCAGCAGGAUUUGUUGCCCUGGAACAAAAAGCCCAGGUCGAGGCGUCCUCGGUUUGUGCAGGAUGGGACAGGGGACCUCAAGACACCGAGGAUGGCAUGGGCCUGGGAUGCCAUCCGGGAGCUUGUCAGGAGCUUCUGCAAGUUCAGGAGGGACAUGAAGAAUCAAACACGCUGUGCAGAAUUUCAGGAUUUUCUCCGUCAGGAGCGAAGAAACAAGAGGGAAAGUAUGUCCAGUGUCCCUCCACCCCUGCUCCUUCCUCCCCUGGGUUUAGGUAGAGAAGAAAAUGGAGAAAACCAGGAAACCUGUCCCUUACCUCCCACCACCAUUACUUAUGAACAUAAACACUCUGAGAAGAAGAGCAAAAGUCCUGCCAAGAGUCCUGCCAAGAGCCCCCGCAAGGGCAAGGGCAAGGGCAAGGGCCAGCAGCAGCAGGUGACGCUGAUCAAACGCCGCAUUUUGGACAAACAGAUCAUCGUCGUCAACUUUCUCGCGGAUGACCUCCGCUUUUACCUGGAGAUGGACAGGUUUUCCAAGCUGGCUGACGGCAUGGAAGAUGCAGAACCCCAGAACGCGGAGUCAGGAAACUACAGUUCCUUUCUCAAAAAGAAGCUUGAGAUCAUCAGCAAACUUUUCCUGAACUCUGACAUCCCCCCCAAGCUGAGGGUGAACAUCUCUCAGAAAGAGAGGGAUUUCAUCUGGCGUUCGUCCUCCAAGGGGCCGCUGACCCGGGCCAUCUACCACAACGCCAAGGUCACCCUCUUCCCCAUCCUGAUGUUCUUCUGGAGAAGGUUCUGCACCUGGAAGGUGAUGAGGACCUUUCAGGCCUACCAGGAGCUCAGCAGGUUUGGGACCCCUGAGGAGGAGGAGGAGGAGAACUCUGAGCUCCCUGAUGAGGGGGACAGGAGCUCUCAGGAGGCCAAGGGAGGUAAAAAGGCUCUCCUUUCCUACAACAUGUCAGAUGGCCUUGGGCUCCUGCUACCACGGCCCCCAAGGAAAACUGAGCCUCCAGAGGAGCAAAAAGCUGCAGACGCCAGUGGGGAGAAGAGGCCCUCGCUCACUGAGCCCGCCCUGCAGGCUGGGCCCUAA